AUGACUGAUGCUAAAGUGGUAAAGCAACUUACCAUCAAGACGAACGUGUUGAAGAGAUUGAUUAAAGAAGUGGAUUACUAUGUUAAGGAAGGCGAGAAACAAAAGGCAAGUUAUACUGAACUCGAGGCCAAAGAUCCUAGUGCAUAUGAGUUGAAAAAGUUGGACGAAGUCUGGAAAGUAAGUAUUUUGUUUCUUUUUGGAUUUUAGAUAGUUUACUGCCAGAGUAAUGAUUUUUUUACCACCUCUGAUGUUAUUCACGUCAUUUACUUAAAAUUAGUUAUAACUAGUUUCAUAGCUAUCAGGCAGAGCUAAUUUUAGGCUUAACAGUAAGCCUACAGUGUAAUAAUGCUUUAAAUAUUACUUUACUAUCUUUUUGGAUUCUGUAAUCAACAUAACAUCAAUUUUCUUCAGGAGACCAUAAGCAUGAUUCCUACAAUUGAACGCAAAGUCAGGACAGCCCGGGAUGAUCUCAAAAACUAUAUUACUGCAAAUGAAAACGAAAUUAAGGAGACUGGCGAACUUCAACUUGCUAAUGAGCAGUUGGAACGCGCGACAGCCUUCUAA